AUGGAGGAGGAGACCGCAGCAACAACAAGUAUACUGCGGCGACGUCCCCACGUAGCCCUCCUGUGCAGCCCCGGCGUGGGCCACCUCAUCCCCCGGCUCCACGGCUUCUCCGUCACCCUCCUCGCCAAUCCCCUCGGCUCCUCCGCCGCGAUUCCACCCCUCCUCCCCGUCGACGGACUACCCUUCCGAUUCGUCCCACUCCCCGACACGCCGCCCGACGCAGGCCCGCCGACACAAUCUAGCUCCCCCGUCCCCCGCAUCGUCCGCGCGGUCACGUGCAACCUCCCCCACGUGCGCGCCGCGCUGGACUCGGCGGGGCCCCCAGUCGACGCCCUCGUCGUCGACAUGUUCAGCGUCGACGCGCUCGACGUCGCGCGCGAGCGCCGCGUCCCGUGCUACAUGUUCUUCACCUCCCCCUGCACGUGCCUCGCCCUGCUCCGCCACGUGCCGGCGCUGCACGAGGCCGUGCGCGGGGAGUUCGCGGGCCCGGUCCGGCCCCCCGGGUGCGCCCCGGUCCGGCCCGAGGACCUGCUCGACUCGCUCCGGGACCGGACCGGGGAGGCGUACGCCGCGAUCCUGCGCGUCACGCGGCGGUUCGGGGAGGUGGAGGGGUUUCUGGUGAACAGCUUCGAGGAGUUGGAGCCCGGGGCGUUCGCGGCUCUGAACGGCGGCGAGGCGCGGGGCCCACCGGUCUACCCCGUGGGGCCGCUGGUCCGGACGGGGCGGGUCGAGCCGGGCGAGGAGUGCCUGAUCAGGUGGCUGGACCGGCAGCCUCCGGGCUCGGUGGUGUUCGUGUCGUUCGGGAGCGGGGGGACGCUCUCGCGGGAGCAGACGCGCGAGCUCGCCCUGGGACUGGAGGCGAGCGGGCACAGGUUCCUGUGGGCCGCGAAGAGCCCGGUAGAAGGGCGGGCCCACGGCGCGUUUUUCGGUGGCCGGAACGGGCCGGCGGCGGAGUACUUGCCGGCGGGGUUUGCGGAGAGGACGGGGGGAGUGGGGCUGGCGGUGGCGCGGUGGGCGCCGCAGGCGGCGGUGCUGGGGCAAGCGGCGGUGGGGGGGUUCGUGACGCACUGCGGGUGGAACUCGGCGCUGGAGAGCAUCGCGAGCGGCGUGCCGAUGAUCGCGUGGCCGCUGUACGCGGAGCAGCGGAUGAACGCGGCGAUGCUGGCGGACGAGGCGGGGGUGGCGCUGCGGCCCCAGCGCUUGAUGGAAGGGCAGCAAGGGGAGGCCCUGCGGACCAGGACGCGCCUGCUCAGGGAUGCCGCCGCGCGUGCCGUCGCCGAGGGCGGCUCCUCCUUUCGAGCACUGCACGACCUGGCGAACAAGUGGAGGCUCGCCGCCCAUUAA